AGUAAGUGAAGAGGUAAGCAGAGAGCGAAACGGUGGUAUUACGCAUGUUGUCGGUUCUUGUUGAUCUCGGUUUCUCACUCCAGUUUCUUGCAGGCCGAUUAACUCCACACUGCCUGGACAUCAAAGUCUUCGCGGUUUCAGCAGCAUCACAUCUAGGGUGGACCUGACCAAAUCAGACUUCUCGGACUGCAGGAGUUUUAGCGCUGGCUCCUCUUUGAGCUUUGAAAAUGAGCAGUGCUUGUCAAUCUGUGUAUGAAUGCACACUUUUUUGCGUGACAUCAACAUCGCUGUUGGCAACAAAGUGAGGUUGCCUAACACCACUGACACCUGUCAAUCGGUUAACAAAAAGAGGAGAGGAGAUACAAAGCCAGGUAUAGAAAAUACAUGGCGGCCUGCACUUUGAAAGCAUCUUUCAGGAUGUGAGAAAUCUGAUCUAUUCCUUCACAAAAAGCAUUGGAGGAGCAGUUGUAAUAAGGAUGGGCCUGUGUGCUGGUCUGCUGCCUCUACUGCAGCUACUUCCUAGCCUGCUUUCUGCUCAGCUCACCACUGUGUCAGAACUUGAGGACACCUCCAGCUUGGAGUUCACCCCAACUACUCGUCUUACUGACCCAAACACUACAGCAGGGAAGAGCUUGUCUUCUAGUGCUCUACCCACCGGUCUGGCUCCAGUAAAAGUGAGCACGGAGGAGGACCGGUCUGCCACAGAGAACUACCUCUACACUGGCAAUUCAUCCUCUUUGGCUGCCUCUACCUGUACACAGAGUUUCCAGUUGCCUGUUCGAUUGGGAUCUCCACCUAGAGACCUUCUCCCUCUCCUGCACCAAGCCAUAGCUUCUCUGACCAAUGCUGCCAACUUUCUCAACCUGAUAUUCCAAGCUAGUGAGCUGAGAGAAACGAGUGUACAAGAGGAUAUAGAGUGGUACCAUGCACUGGUGCGGGCCAUGCUCGAAGGGGACACGCCAAGCCUGGUCAGACGAGCUUUUCUAACAUUCGACGCUGACCCCACGAUCCAACAGCCCCAACUGGUGCUCCGUGCCUCCAAAGGCACAACCCAGGACAUUCUCUUGCAGGACCUGACAUCUGCCUGGAGCAGCUUCCGUCCACCGGCUCCUGACCAAAGCUGGUUUGAUACGUUUAAGUCUAGCUCUCCACCCCUCCAUGCUUUGUCUAAACGGGUUCUUCUAAAUGACUUAAGCACUCUAGACACUCCAAAGUGGGCACGUGGGGAUAGUUAUGUGAUCAAUAGCAUCAGAGUUCAGUGGGGUGAAGCCCCUUUUCUUGAGUGCGUUGAUGGCCGGUUUUUGCCAGGGUGGUUACUCAGUCUGUCAAUGCCAUUUUAUGGGUUGAAGCCAGACCUCAGCCCAGAGUUCAGGGGUGUGAUCCGUGUCGACGCCAACAUCCAGGGAUUCAAUUUGGAUCAGUGUGCCAAUGGAGACUACUGGUUUGCAAACACACAUCAGUGUAAUCGGACCAGCAUGGAGUGUGAGUCCAUCCCGCAACAGGGCUUCCGGAUGGGUCAGUACUGCUGCCGAUGUAAAAAGGGUUACUACAGUCCAAAUCCAGACAUAGAAAACAAAAGUAAGAAUCUUGAAACAAUUAAAAAUCUUACCCAAGCUUGUUACCCAGAAGUCCCUGUGUGUCUGCCCUGUUGGCCCGGCUGUGAUGAGUGUAAGGAUGGAGCCCCAUGUUGGGUGCAGGAAGACUGGCUCCUGAGGACGGCCGUCCUGGCUGUGCAGGGCCUCUUCAUGGUCCUUGUUCUUCUCAGCAUGCUGAUGGCAUAUCAGUGCAGGAGAACCAAGCGGAUCCGAUCAUCCGGGCUUUUGCUGCUGGAGAUGAUCUUGUGUGGCUCUCUGUUGCUUUACUUCCCAGUCUUCAUUUUAUACUUCAAACCCAGCACUUUCCGGUGUAUUCUGCUCCGUUGGGUCCGUCUGCUUGGCUUCGCUAUCGUUUAUGGAACUCUGCUGCUCAAGAUGUACCGGGUUUUGAGGGUGUUCCUGUCACGAACAGCCCAGAGAGUGCCAUAUAUUACUACCACAGGUGUGCUGAGGAUGCUGGGAGUUAUAGUGCUUACUGUCAGCUGGUUCCUGUGUGCAUGGACAGUGGGCGUCCUGCAGAAUCGAGACCGAAAUGUUCCACUUCUGAUCAUUUCCACCACCUCAGAAGGACAAGGCUUUAGGGUGUGCGACCUGGACCGGUGGGACUACAUGAUGGCUGUGGCGGAGCUGUUAUUUCUGUGCUGGGGCAGUUUCCUGUGCAGUGCAGUGAAGACGGUACCUUCAGCAUUUCAUGAACCACGUUACAUCAGCAUCGCUAUCCAUAAUGAGCUACUGCUCUCCUCAGUGUUUCAUCUUCUCAGAUUCGUUAGACCAUCAAUUCAUCCUGACUUGAUGCUCUUGCUGUUCUUCACUCACACGCAUGUGACAAUUACUGUAACACUUGGCCUGCUUUUUGUACCUAAGUUUCUCCACAUGUCACCGACUGGCCAAGAGGAAAUAGCUGCAGAGGUAUAUGAGGAUGAGGUGGACUUGCGACGCUCAUGUUCUUACCUCAACAGUAGUUUCAACUCUAACUGCUGGAGUGACCACAGCUUGGACGCUGAUGACAUUCGGGGUGAGCUGAAGAAACUGUAUUCUCAGCUGGAAGUCCACAAGACCAAGAGGAUGGCAAACAGUAAUCCCCACCUUCCGAAGAAGCGCAGCUCUCGCCUCAGUAUUGGACGGUCCCUUAUAAAACGGAUCAGUGAGAUUCCAGAAAGUUUAAGCAGGCAAUGCAGUCGUGAAGAUAAGGAUGUCAAUGCUGCAAUAGGAAGUAUAACCAGAUCAGGAUCUUAUUACAAAUGCCAUCAAACCACAAGCAUUAACAAGAUGACUGAAACUUUAAUGCAGCCAUCUCCAAAACUGCGGAAGUCCCAUAGUGCCUAUGAUUGUACACCAGAACAAGAGGUCUCCCUAUUAAACUCCUCCAUAAGAAGCACUGAGAAAAGGGUUUCACUGCAUUCUGACUCAGGGUCCAUCAAUGCAACACUGUUAGUCUGCAAGUCUGCAAGUGCCCACAAUCUAUCGCUAGACACUAACCUUCUACUUCCAGAGCCCACCAGGUUUCAAAAGUCACUUAGUGUCAUAGAACGCAAUGACCAUCGCUCUGUGACUCCUUGUAGGAGCACUGAAAAUGUGUCACUUGCUGGCAAAGCUGCCCCAGAAGAAAAGCCCCAGCCAAUUGUGGAUGUUGAUAUAAAGAGGCAGACUUCAUGUGCCUUGCUCUCAGAGUCGUUUGACAAGGCCGAAGUAUGCCCAUGGGAGGUUCCAGAUGAACUGUCAGCAAACAAGAAUCAAAAACAUGUCACAUAUUCUAUUUCAAAACAAGAAGAACCCAAAUCACCUGGUGCUACCUCGUCACCAACGCUGUUAUAUGUUUGUCCAUGGGAAUUCUUGCCACCUCCUACUCCUCCUGCAACAGAAACUGGGAAUGGUAUACAGUCAGAUGUUGAUUCCACAAAACCUAAGCCUCCAAUCUCCUGUAGCGCUCCAGGGUCACCACAUACAAUCUCUGGCAAGCCAAAGGACUUUCGGGUUUUCUCUUUCCGCUCCACUACCCAAAGUCUCCUGACAGCAAAGGGCAUUGUGGAAGUUGGAAGAAGUAUGAGCAAAGAAAAAAGCUUACAAGAAAGCAAUGUUAAGGAGGGUCCACUACAGAAAUCCCUGUCCACAUCCAUGAGAUUUUCCCCAGGCAGUGCAGCUUCAGACAAGCGUACCCCACAGACACAGAGACGGGCUAUGACUACCGUAGGCACAAAACCUUGCCUUGUCAAACAAAUAGCAAUACGGCUGCCAUCUACUGAUUCUCCUGAAAGGAGCCCCAAACAUACUGCUCCAGUUCACAUCUGUCCAUGGGAGUCAGAGGAGGUGAUCUUAGAGGUCAAGAAGCAGAAUAUGAAUGACAGUGUAUUACAAAGACAAUACAGUGGCAAGCAAGAACUAUCUGUGACAGUAAGUAAUGAUGUCUUCAAACCCCAACUCAUAUCAUUAUUGGCUGUUCCUAAUACAGAAGUGUGUCCAUGGGAUGUCCCAAAACCUUUUCAUCAAACCAGCAUUUCUGAAGUUUGUCCUUGGGAGGUUGUGGAAGUAGAGCAAUUGCAAACCAAGAGCAUAACUACUGAUGUCUGUCCUUGGGAAACCGAUGGUGAGCCAUCAAGAGUCACUGAAGACAAUAUAUGUAAUAUGAAUGUUGAAGAACCUAUGUCUGAAGACACCCAGAAGCAGGUAAAUGUGAAGGCUGAAGCAUGCUCUUCUGUACUUGACACAAAUAUCUCUCAGGGUAGACAGGGAUCAAUCAAAACCCCUAAUGACACAAUAAAACCUGCUGAAAGGGUCAUUUAUGUUAAUUCAAAACAAAGUCCAAUAGACCAAGAACUUCCUCAGGGAGAUGCAGCUUCAGAGGAAACAAGUCAUAAACUGAAACAAGAAGAAAGUGAUUUUCCUGAACCACCUCCACCUGUAAUUGAUGUAAGACCUUGGGAUCCAAACACAAAAGAUGCCACAAGUAAGUCUUUAAAAGAGCCAAUGAUUAAGAAAGCAACUGUUUGUCCAUUGGAAGCAGAGGAUUCUGAGAAGUCAAAAGAGAGGCAGGGUUCUACAAACAAGGGACCAAUAAAAGUAGAUCAUAAACAAGAAAAUGUUCAUGUAAAUGUGUGUCCAUGGGAGACAAGUGAAUCAGUCAAACAUUUACAGAAAUUAGAAGGUCAUGAAAAUGUUUGCCCUUGGGAAACAGAAGAGAUAACAAAGACAUUGCAGAAACAAGAUAGUAUACAUGCAGAUGUUUGUCCAUGGGAGACAGGAGAGCCAGUCAAGACUUUGCAGAAACAAGAAAGUAUCCGUGCAGAUGUUUGUCCUUGGGAGACAAGAGAACCAACAAAGACUAUGCAGAAACAAGAUAGUGUUCUUGGAGAUGUCUGUCCAUGGGAGACAAGUGAGCCAGUCAAGACCUUACGGAAGCAAGAAAGUGUCCGUGCAGAUGUCUGUCCUUGGGAGACAGGUGAGCCAGUCAAGACCCUACAGAAGCAAGAAAGUGUCCAUGUUGAUGUCUGUCCUUGGGAGACAGGUGAGCCAGUCAAGACCCUACAGAAGCAAGAAAGUGUCCGUGCAGAUGUCUGUCCUUGGGAGACAGGUGAGCCAGUCAAGACCCUACAGAAGCAAGAAAGUGUCCGUGCAGAUGUCUGUCCUUGGGAGACAGGUGAGCCAGUCAAGACCCUACAGAAGCAAGAAAGUGUCCGUGCAGAUGUCUGUCCUUGGGAGACAGGUGAGCCAGUCAAGACCCUACAGAAGCAAGAAAGUGUCCAUGUUGAUGUCUGUCCUUGGGAGACAGGUGAGCCAGUCAAGACCCUACAGAAGCAAGAAAGUGUCCGUGCAGAUGUCUGUCCUUGGGAGACAGGUGAGCCAGUCAAGACCCUACAGAAGCAAGAAAGUGUCCAUGUUGAUGUCUGUCCUUGGGAGACAGGUGAGCCAGUCAAGACCCUACAGAAGCAAGAAAGUGUCCGUGCAGAUGUCUGUCCUUGGGAGACAGGUGAGCCAGUCAAAACCUUACAGAAGCAAGAAAGUGUCCGUGCAGAUGUCUGUCCAUGGGAGACAGGUGAGCCAGUCAAGACCUUACAGAAGCAAAAAAGUGUCCAUGUUGAUGUCUGUCCUUGGGAGACAGGUGAGCCAGUCAAGACAUUGCAGAAGCAAGAAAAUAUCCAUGUAGAUGUUUGUCCUUGGGAGUCAGGAGAACCAACAAAGGCAAUGCAGAUUGAAGAGAGUGUUCUUGCAGAUGUUUGUCCAUGGGAAACAGGUGAGCCAGUAAUUACCUUGCAAAAGCAAGAAAGUGUCCAUGCAGAUAUCUGUCCAUGGGAGACAGGUGAGCCAGUCAAGACCUUGCAAAAGCAAGAAAGUGUCAACUCAGAUGUCUGUCCGUGGGAGGCAAAACAAUCACUCAAACAAUCUGUGCUACAAGACUGCACUCAUGCUGUCCCAUCGAAAAGGCAAGACAGUGCUCAAGACUCUGUCUGUCCGAGAGAAAAUGACAUGGGAACACAACCAACAACAGAAAGCAGCACAAGUCAAAUUGUCCCAAGCAGAAGUGAGUUACAGCCUUCAGACACAUGCACACAUACAGCAGAAGAGAUAAGAGUUAACCCUCCUCUGGUUCGGCAUGAUGCACUGUGCCCUUGGGAAAUGGGAGGGGGCAGACAGGAAUCUAUAACUGUGCAUGAUAAUUCAGAUGUCUUCACUUGGGAGGAGACAAUACCAGAGGAAGAUGACGGUGAUGCAGAAACUGCUGCAGAGGCUUUCAUCUUCCCACCAGACUUGUGAACUGUGAGGGCAGCAUCACUGUGCUUUAUAUGGCUUGAAAGACUUGUUGUGACAAAAUGCAUCACUGGUCACACCUUGCAAGUUUAUUCAGAAUGCCACUCCAAUGUCAUCAGCACACUUCACAGACUGUUAUUUAAAGGAGUAGUUCACCCAAAAAUGAAAAUUAGGCUAUUUUACUUACCCCAGGGGGAUCUGUAUAUGACUUUCUUCUUUCAGAUGAAUCCAGUCAGAGUUAUAUAAAAAAUUGUCAUGGCUAUUCCAAGCUCUAUCAUUGCAGUCAGCGGGUGUUGCAGUGCUUCAGUCCAAAAGAUGUGAAAUGAAAGGCACCUAUCCAUAUAAAAAAGUGUCUCACAUGGCUCCAGGGGGUGAACAAAGGCCUCCUGUAGUGAAUCCAUGCAUUUUUUAAAUAAAAUUUUUCCAUAUUCAAAACAUAAUAAUCACUUUAUUCUAGCUUGUGCCAACAGUUCUACACGGAAGCAGUUCUGGGCUGAUGACGUAUG